GCUGUAGUCGUCACAUUUACCACGAUCGCGUAUUGUGCUCUAUCAUAAAUAAUUUGUUCAUUUUUGUCGAUUUUCCACAGUAUUUCGACAAAAAGCAAUAUUUUAAAAAAGUGCAUCCCUGUAUGUUACAAAAAUUAGAAUUUGUGAACAGCUCAAUAAUUCAUAAGUUUAUAAAAAUAGUGAUCAAAUAUCUUGACAUUAAGUGUAAAUCAUAAAUUUUUGUUGUCGAUUUUGCAAUAUUGAGCAAAAUCAUAAAUAUUUCUUGACGCGUCUAGAAACGCCAACGAAAUGACACACACAAGCAAUACCUAUAUUGAUGAUUUAUUGGAUAUGUCGGAUCCUGUAGUUUCAUCGGCUACUAGUGAGAUUAUAUCAUCCUUCGAAGGAUGCAACAUUCUUAUAACAGGGGGUUCUGGCUUCCUUGGCAUACUCUUAAUCGAAAAAUUAUUGCGAUGUUGCCCGGAUAUAGGAAAACUGUAUUUAUUCAUGAGGGUGAAAAAAGGAAAAUUGGCGGAACAGCGGUUUGCGGAACAUUUCAAUGAUGUUGUUUAUGAUAGACUAAAAAAAGAGCAACCCAAUUUUAUGACCAAAGUAAUAAUGAUAGAAGCCGAUUUGAAAGAGUUAGAUCUCGGAUUGUCGCCAGAAAAUAAAGAACGUCUUUUAGACACAAACAUAAUUUUCCACGCGGCAGCCACUGUGCGAUUUAACGAAACACUUCGAAAUGCUGUGAAGAUAAACGUGAAUGGAACAAAGCAACUUGUUCUCUUUGCGAAAAAAUUGUCGAACUUGAAAGCAUUUGUCCAUAUAUCUACUGCAUAUGCUCAUUGCGUAAACGCAUUCAUUGAAGAAAAAUUUUACUCUUCACCUUUAGACGCGGAUCAGAUAUUAACAUUAGUGGAUAGUUUCGAUGAUAAAAUAUUGGAUCAAAUUACGCCAAUACAUAGAUUAAUAGGUAAAUGGCCGAAUACAUAUGUGUUUACGAAAGCGAUCGCUGAAGACAUAGUGAGACAAUGUAGCGCCGAGAUUCCGAUUUGCAUUGUACGUCCAGCGAUUAUAACGUCAACGGCCAACGAACCAUUGACUGGAUGGAUCAACAACAUAUAUGGAGCAGUGGGUGUAGUGAUGGGCAGUGGCAUAGGUUUAUUACGUACCUUACAUUGUAAUCCCGACAUUAUAGCAGAUAUCGUACCUGCAGAUUACGUUGUUUGUAAUGCCAUCGCCGCGGCUUGGGACACUGCCAAAACAAAAGAUACUCUACUGAGUACCGAGACUGAAAAUUCGAAGAGUCCGGAAACAAAGAGAUUAUCGGUUUUCAAUUACAUAUCAUCGCGUCAAAAUCCAAUCACCUGGAGAAGAUUCAUGAAAUUGAACGAGACCUAUGGCUUACAGGUUCCAACCACGAAUGUGCUUUGGUAUUAUAUGCUCUUUUUAAACAAAUAUCUACUCGUGCACUAUAUUUGUGUGAUAUUCUUGCACAUGAUACCUGCCGCUAUAGUAGAUACUUUAUUCUUCCUCACUGGCCGAAAACCCAUAUUGUGGAAGGCUUAUAAGAAGAUAAACUUAUUUGGUUCCAUAUUAUCGUAUUUCACUACGCAACAGUGGCAAUUUAACAAUGACGCCGUUUUAGAAUUAUGGAACCGUAUGAAUCCGACUGAUCGUGAGAUUUUUUAUUUUAACAUAGAGGACAUAGACUGGGAGAUAUAUUUGAAGAAUAUGAUACCUGGUAUGCGCUUAUACUUAGCUCACGAAUCGCUCGACACUAUGGACGUAGCCAAAGCAAGAUACAGAAAACUAAAGGUUGCCCAUUAUACAUUAUUAACGAUUUCUGCGAUUCUGUUGACAUGGGGCUUCGUAAGAUUAAUAAUGUAUAUAAUGUCAUUUUUCUGAUUUUGUAGAACUUUGCUAA